GCGGCCUAAAUSGAGUAAAUUAUUUCUUUUUAUAUUUAAUAUAAAAACAGCAACCAAAACUAAAAAGAAUAGACAGAAUACAUUCAAUUAUCAACCAUGAGAGGAAUAGCGGUUUUUGUUCGACAAAAUCCAUGUUUAUUUCGGCUUAUGCGCCCUUGUCUCUUCAAGUCUGGUAAAAUGUACCACGAUCUUUCCAAAGCAAGUGYGAUACAGAGCCAAAUCGACGUUAAUACUUCAGAUUUCAAGGAAAACAAAGGGAAUAUGGAAAAAUUGGUUGAAGAUUUAAGAAAUAAAGUACACAAAAUUGAACAAGGUGGAAGUGAAACAGCACAAAAAAGGCACACAUCAAGAGGGAAGAUGCUGCCAAGGGAAAGAAUAGCUAACUUACUAGACCCAGGAUCGCCAUUCCUUGAACUCUCUCAGUUUGCUGGUCAUGAUUUGUAUGGUAAAGAAGAAGUACCAGCUGGUGGUAUCAUUACUGGUAUUGGAACGAUUAAUGGAAUUGAAUGUAUGGUUGUUGCUAAUGAUCCAACUGUUAAAGGAGGGACUUACUAUCCAAUCACAGUCAAGAAGCAUCUUAGAGCUCAGGAAAUAGCACAGGAAAACCGGUUGCCUUGUGUCUACUUAGUUGAUUCUGGAGGAGCUAAUUUACCCAGGCAAGCUGAUGUAUUCCCAGAUAAAAUGCACUUUGGGCGAAUAUUUUAUAAUCAAGCUASGAUGUCUUCAAAGGGUAUUGCCCAGAUAGCAGUAGUUUUAGGUUCCUGUACAGCAGGRGGUGCUUAYGUACCAGCCAUGGCUGAUGAGAGUAUCAUUGUCAAGCAACAAGGCACCAUCUUUCUUGGUGGACCUCCUCUGGUGAAAGCAGCGACUGGAGAAAAAGUCAGUGCAGAAGAACUUGGUGGAGCUGAUUUGCACUGCAGUACAUCAGGUGUAACAGACCACUAUGCCAUCAAUGACUUACAUGCUCUUCAUGAAGCAAGGAACUGUGUCAAGAAYCUCAACUACAAGAAAACCCUCCCGGUUACCCUCCAGACCCCUGAAGAUCCCCAUUAUGCCCCCGAAGAUAUAUAUGGCAUUGUGGGAACAGACCUUAAGAAAUCAUAUGACAUUCGUGAGGUGAUUGCUAGAAUAGUUGAUGGAAGUAAAUUUGAUGAGUUUAAAGCCAUGUACGGCAGCACUUUGGUCACAGGCUUUGCGCGCAUCCAUGGCUAUCCAGUUGGAAUCAUUGGUAAUAAUGGGGUUUUGUUUUCGGAGUCUGCACUUAAAGGGACACAUUUUAUUGAGCUUUGCUGUAAAAGGAAGAUACCACUUCUCUUUCUACAAAAUAUAACAGGGUUUAUGGUUGGAAGGGAGUACGAAAAAGGAGGAAUUGCUAAAAAUGGCGCCAAAAUGGUGAUGGCYGUUUCUUGUGCGAAGGUUCCUAAAAUUACCGUCAUUGUUGGAGGCAGCUUUGGAGCAGGAAAUUAUGGCAUGUGCGGAAGAGCAUAUGGUCCCAGGUUCCUCUACAUGUGGCCUAAUGCAAGAAUAUCUGUCAUGGGUGGCGAGCAAGCAGCAACAGUUCUUACAACCGUCGCUCGAGAUCAAAGAGAACGUUUACAAAGGAAGAAGACGAUGCCAUUAGGAUACCAGUUUUGGAACGCUAUGAACUGGAAGGUCAUCCUUACUUCUCCUCAGCAAGGUUAUGGGACGAUGGUGUGAUCGAUCCACUAGACACGCGGACAGUACUGGGCUUAAGUCUUAGUGCAGUUUUUAAUUCACCUAUUAAAGACACAAACUUUGGUGUUUUUAGAAUGUGAAUCAAUUCAAGAAAUAUAUUUCGUGAUAAUUUAAAAUAAAGGUGUACGAAAUUCUUAUCAA